CGCUGAGCUGUUGUUCUUGAUGUGGGUGCUGCACGGCAAGGCACGGCGGGCACGGCAAGCGCACAGCAAGCCAGUCCAGGAGUCCGGCCGUGUCCUGAGUCCAGAUCGGUCAGCCCAGCAGGAGCCGCGGGUUCAGAGCGAUAAUCUUCCAAAAGUCGGCCACAGUCCGCCGCAGACCCUCUGAUCUAAGGUCAGAGUAGAGCCACUGUACUUUUUUUAAGAGCGCAGUGAAACGGCGAAGGUGCUGAGAGAAGUCGAUAAAUAUGGCAGUCGUAGAGAGAACUACGUUAACACCAGACGCCAAUGAUUACCAAGUUGUUUCCGACUUGUUUUACAAAACUAACAACUGCUUGACUAUACAAUCCAUCGAAGCAGUAAAAAAUGACAACCUUGAACUGAAAUUCAAGGAUAAGCAAGAGGAGUACAAGGACACUUACGGAGAAGUACGGGUUGUGAAGGUUUGGCACGGUACCAAAUCGCGUAACGUCGACUCGAUUUUGGAAAAUAAUUUUGAUGUCUCCCGUCACGGGCAGAACCGUGGCCAUCGCUUUGGCGCGGGCGUCUCUUUCUCGGCCAUCACUUUUUACGCGUCCCACUAUUGUGACGAGGAUGAGGACUUGCGCUCUAUGCUGCUGUGCGAGGUGCUGGUGUCCAACAUCGUCGAGGUGCCUGAAACCAAAGGGCGCAUGCCACCUCAGCCGCCAUUCCUCCCCGGGCGCCACCCGCUGCGCUACGACACUCUGGCCAAGGACAAGGAGAAGAUGGACGUGAUUGUGAAGAUGGACGCAAACGCCUUCCGUCCCACUCAUGUUGUCAACUUCAAGAAGACCGGUUGUCGUCGUUUCAGUUGGAGUUGGCUUGAUGACAGCGAUGAUGAUGAUUCUGACUAUGGUUUUUGAUGAUUUUUUUUAUGGCUCUCCCGACCAUGUUUCCUUUGACUUCUUUGAUUAAAUCGUCGACUUGUGAGGUUUGACUCACUGUCCACUUUCGUUUAAUGGUAUGACGUAUGUAUCUUGAUUUUGAUUGUAGCUAGAAUAAUAAAACUAGUUUUGUAACGGA